UCCCCACAGCCCCGCUUUCGGAGACCUCGCCCUGGGCGCCGCUGCCUGCCGCAGCCGCCAGAAGAUGCAGGCCGCCCGCCCGACCGCAAGCUGGCCGGGGCCUGCGUUCUGCUCCGGCGAGAGAGCGCCUCUCCCCGCGGGCGGGCCGAACGGGGCGGGGGCGGGACCGGGCGCCGUGGGCUCCUCCUCUCGCGGGACCGGGCUCCUCCUCUCGCGGGACCGGGGCGGGGCCAACCGGCGGCGGGGGCGGGGCCGGGCGCUGCGGGCUCCUCCUCUCGCGGGACCGGGCUGGGCGGCGGGGCGGGGCCGGCAGCGGGCCCCACCCCGAGGCGGUGUACUGGGCGCGGUGGCGUCCACAGUUCGGCUGCCUCGCCGCGCAGCUCUGGCUCCGCCCAGCGGCUGCCCGGGGCGGAAGCGGGAGGCGGCGGCCGCGUGCGCGCUGCCGGCCUGCUCUCCCGCGCUGCGCGGCUGCGGCUGGAUUCGGCUUCGCGAGGCGCCCUGCUCUCCUCUCCGCGCGUCCGCUCCCCGCCCGCUGCCCGCCCCGGCCUCCUCGUCGCCCCGCCCGUGUCCCCGCGGCCGCGCGGCCCGGCGCGAUGGCCCUGUGCAACGGAGACUCCAAGCUGGAGAAUGCUGGAGGAGACCUUAAGGAUGGCCGCCGCCACUGCGAAGGAGCUGUUGUCAUUCUGGAUGCUGGUGCUCAGUAUGGGAAAGUCAUAGACCGAAGAGUGAGGGAACUGUUUGUGCAGUCUGAAAUCUUCCCCUUGGAAACACCAGCAUUUGCCAUAAAAGAGCAAGGAUUCCGUGCUAUUAUCAUUUCUGGAGGACCUAAUUCUGUGUAUGCGGAAGAUGCACCCUGGUUUGACCCAGCGAUAUUCACUAUUGGCAAGCCUGUUCUUGGGAUUUGCUAUGGCAUGCAGAUGAUGAAUAAGGUAUUUGGAGGUACUGUGCACAAAAAAAGUGUUAGAGAAGAUGGAGUCUUCAGUAUUAGUGUGGAUAACACAUGUUCAUUAUUCAGGGGCCUUCAGAAGGAAGAGAUUGUUUUGCUUACCCAUGGAGAUAGCGUAGACAAAGUAGCCGAUGGAUUCAAGGUUGUGGCACGUUCUGGGAACAUUGUGGCAGGUAUAGCAAAUGAAUCUAAAAAAUUAUAUGGAGCACAGUUCCACCCUGAAGUUGGCCUCACAGAAAAUGGGAAAGUAAUACUGAAGAAUUUCCUGUAUGAUAUAGCUGGGUGCAGUGGGACCUUCACCGUGCAGAACAGAGAGCUUGAGUGCAUUCGAGAGAUCCGAGAGAGAGUGGGCACAUCCAAAGUGUUGGUUUUACUCAGUGGUGGAGUAGACUCCACAGUUUGUACAGCUUUGCUGAAUCGUGCUUUGAACCAAGAUCAAGUCAUUGCUGUGCACAUUGAUAAUGGCUUUAUGAGAAAACGAGAAAGCCAGUCUGUAGAGGAGGCCCUCAAAAAGCUUGGAAUUCAAGUCAAAGUGAUAAAUGCUGCUCAUUCUUUCUACAAUGGAACAACAACUCUGCCAAUAUCAGAUGAAGACAGAACUCCACGAAAAAGAAUUAGCAAAACGUUAAAUAUGACUACAAGUCCUGAGGAGAAGAGAAAAAUCAUUGGGGAUACUUUUGUUAAGAUAGCUAAUGAAGUAAUUGGAGAAAUGAACCUGAAACCAGAGGAGGUUUUCCUUGCCCAAGGCACUUUACGGCCUGACCUAAUUGAAAGUGCAUCCCUGGUUGCAAGUGGCAAAGCUGAACUCAUCAAAACCCAUCACAAUGACACAGAGCUUAUCAGGAAGUUGAGAGAAGAGGGAAAAGUAAUAGAACCUCUGAAAGAUUUUCAUAAAGAUGAAGUAAGAAUUUUAGGCAGAGAACUUGGACUUCCAGAAGAGAUAGUUUCCAGGCAUCCAUUUCCAGGUCCUGGUCUGGCAAUCAGAGUAAUAUGUGCUGAAGAACCUUAUAUUUGUAAGGACUUUCCUGAAACCAAUAAUAUUUUGAAAAUAGUAGCUGAUUUUUCUGCAAGUGUUAAAAAGCCGCAUACACUGUUACAGAGAGUCAAAGCCUGCACGACGGAAGAGGAUCAGGAGAAGCUGAUGCAAAUCACCAGCCUGCAUUCGUUGAGUGCCUUCCUGCUGCCCAUCAAAACUGUGGGGGUGCAGGGUGACUGUCGUUCCUACAGUUACGUGUGUGGAAUCUCCAGUAGAGAUGAGCCUGACUGGGAGUCUCUUAUUUUCCUGGCCAGGCUUAUACCGCGCAUGUGUCACAACAUUAACAGAGUGGUCUAUAUAUUUGGCCCGCCAGUUAAGGAACCUCCUACGGAUGUCACUCCCACUUUCCUGACAACAGGGGUGCUCAGUACUCUACGCCAAGCUGAUUUUGAGGCCCAUAACAUUCUCAGGGAGUCUGGGUAUGCUGGGAAGAUCAGCCAGAUGCCUGUGAUUCUAACACCGUUACAUUUUGAUCGAGACCCACUUCAGAAGCAGCCUUCGUGCCAGAGAUCUGUGGUUAUCCGAACCUUUAUUACAAGUGAUUUCAUGACCGGUGUACCUGCAACACCUGGCAGUGAGAUCCCUGUAGAGGUGGUGUUAAAGAUGGUCGCUGAGAUUAAGAAGAUUCCUGGUAUUUCUCGAAUUAUGUAUGACUUAACUUCAAAGCCCCCAGGAACUACUGAGUGGGAGUAAUAAACUUCUUGUUCUGUUAAA